AUGGCACUCCAUCCCUUCGAUCCCCUACGUCCCGAGGAAAUUGUUCGGGCAGCUGAAAUCAUACGUCCCAUCUACGAGGGUCAAGCCAUUAAUUUCCGAGUGAUCACACUCAGAGAGCCUCCCAAAAAUGAGAUGGUAAAGUUCCUCGAGCUCGGAGCAUGCCGAGAGUCUGAGCUUGAGAAAGAAGAACCUGUCCGUUGCGCACGCGUUGAGCUGAUAGCGACGACCAGAGGCGGAAGAAACGAACUCUUUGAACUCCUGGUCAAUCUUGAUGAAAACAAAUUAAUGAGCCAAAAACUACUUGAAGGCAAGCACGCGUACGUCGAUUCGGCAUAUAUGAAAGAGGUCGAAGCUGCGUGUCUAGCUGAUAAGAGGGUACAAGAGGAAAUUCGCAAGUUGAACCUUCCGCCAGGGUCUACCCCUAUAGUUGAGCCUUGGACUUACGCUACUGAUGGAAUGAACGACAUGUCAGAGCGUGUCAGCAUGUGUUGGUUCUACUGUCGCCAUUUAGAUCACAGCGAUGCCAAUUACUAUGCUUAUCCGCUCGACAUUUGUGCCGAGGUGUCGGAACGACUUGAGGUCACUAGAAUCUAUCACAUACCCUGUGCCCCAGAUGAGAGAAUCAACGACGAGGAACGUGCCUAUGAUCGCCGUAAAAUCCACGCUACAUCCUCCAGUGAGUAUCAUCCAGACCUAAGGUCUGACUCUCGAUCUACCACGAAACCCUACCAGGUGGUACAGCCUGAAGGGCCAUCUUUCGACGUUCAAGGCAACCGUGUGAGCUGGGAGAAAUGGAACUUCCGUGUUGGGUUCAAUUAUCGAGAAGGCCUCACAUUGCACGAUAUACGUUACGAAGGCCGGAGCGUGUUCUACCGGCUUUCGCUUGCAGAGAUGUUUGUGCCGUAUGGGGACCCACGAGCUCCAUAUCCACGGAAAGGGGCAUUUGACCUCGGUAAUGAUGGGGCAGGCAUAAAUGCCAACAACCUCCAGCUAGGCUGCGAUUGCCUAGGCACUAUCAAAUACUUUGAUGCAUGGCACAACACCCAGUCCGGGGAACCAAUGAAAUUGCCCAAUGUGGUUUGUUGUCAUGAGCAAGAUGACGGAAUUCUCUGGAAACACACCAAUUUCCGCACCCAAAAUGCGGUUGUCACACGAUCCCGUAUCCUUGUGUUGCAGACGAUCAUCACCGUCAGCAACUACGAGUACAUAUUCGCAUUUCACUUUGCCCAAGACGCGUCAAUCUCUUAUGAAGUUCGUGCAACGGGUAUCUUAUCGACUGCUCCCCAUCACCUCGACCACAAGGGCACAGUUCCAUACGGGACUAUUGUUGCACCAGGGGUAAUGGCUCCUUACCACCAACACCUCUUCAGUCUCCGAAUCGAUCCCGCCAUUGACGGUCAUAAGAAUACAUUGGCGAUCGAAGAAUCCAAAGCCAUGCCUUUCAAUGAUGCAAAUGUCCACAACCCAUUCGGGGUAGGCUAUUACAGCGAGAACCAUUACAUCGAACUGGAAGGGGGGUUUGACCUUGAUAUAAGCAAGGGGAGAGUCUUCAAAAUUCUCAACGAGAACAAGACGAACCCGAUCACGGGCACUCCUAUCGGAUAUAAGCUGGUCCCACAACCCAGCCAAAUGCUUCUUGCACAUCCAGACUCUUUCCAUGCCAAGCGAUCCGAAUUCGCUGACCAUGCCGUGUGGGUCACGCGCUACGGGGACGACGACUUCUUCCCCGCUGGUCGAUAUACGAUGCAGUCUUCAGGAGGAGACGGUAUUGCCUCAGCAAUUCGACGGAGGAAAGAAAGUGGUGACCCUGACGCGGUCAGGAACGAGGACAUUGUCAUUUGGCAUACGUUUGGUUCAACACACAAUCCUCGCAUCGAGGACUGGCCAGUCAUGCCUGCUGAGAAGAUGGUCGUGGGUCUCAAACCGGUCAACUUCUUCACGGGCAACCCAGGUUUGGAUGUGGCUGUGUCGACUCAAGACAAAAACAAGAGCGUGUCCUAUGAUGGUCCAGCAGAUGAGCCAGCAAGUAAAUGCUGUGUGCCUCAGCCUUAG